CGUCCAUAUGUGCGAGGAAGAUGGUUGCCAUCGGUGUAGGCCUGUUUUUAAUGUCGCACAUCCUGCUACCGUAAAUCCCACUGGGAGGAAGAGAAGAAGAAUCCCUCCAUCCAGUUCCUGUUGUGGGAGGAAGAGACCUGGAAUCAGGCAGAGCUGAGAAGUGAAUCUCCUUUCAUCCAUCCGUUUACAUCCUUUUCCGUGCUGAGAUCAGGUUUUGUGGUUUGGAUUGUGAGCAUUUUACUAUCUCCACAGCUGCAUCAUGCUGCAUCACUCCUCCGAGGUGGCCCGUCUGUAUCAGACGGAGUUCAUCCGGAGUGCCCGGGCGGUGGGCGUGCUGUGGGCGAUCUGCACGCUCUGCUUUGCCAUCAUUGAGGUGGUCAUUCUCAUCCAGCCAUCCUGGGUGGGCACACAGGAGCUGCAGUUCCGUGGAGGGGGACCGGCUCCUCCCUCCGGUACCCUGGGCCUCUUUGAAGUGUGUUUGGAGACAGACUGGCCUGUCCCGGAUUGCCGAGGGUCUCUGCACACUCUGACCCCACUGCCAGCUUUCCAGUCGCCCGCUGUGCUGGUUUGCAUGUCUCUUACAAUGGUGUGGGCAAGCGUGGGAUGCCUAUGUCUGUUCAGGUUCUGCAACGCAGCAACGGUUUAUAAGAUAUGCGCAUGGUUGCAGCUGACAGCAGGAUUCUGUUUGGCCCUGGCGUGCGUGUUGUUCCCAGACUCCUGGGCGUGUGCUGAGAUGCGUGCUCUGUGUGGGGAGCGUGUGAGUAGUUUUUCUCCAGGGAACUGCUCUGUGCACUGGGCAUACAUACUCGCCAUGCUGGGGGUUCUUGAUGCUGGCAUACUGGCCACGUUGGCUUUUGUAUUAGGGAAUCGGCAAGAUGCCCUGCUGCCAGAAGAGGCCAAGGAUGGUGAGGUGACUGGAUUGUUAUUGGCAGCGUAGGCCUCGGCCUGAGCUGUUCUCAGAUGUUGUCAGAGACUGCAGCGUGACGUCAUGGUCCUGAUAGUUCUGCUUACAUAAGCUGUCUGCAUAGAAACAGUCUCCUGGCAACCGUAUCCAAGCCCCAUCUCCCUGGACGGAGGAGCAUUAUUGUGAUCUUGUGAUAGUGGCUGUCAACAGAGAAUAGGAAACACAGAAAAGGCUUUUUAAUCCUUUGGAACGUUUCUACUCACUGUAUAGUUUAGAUUUCUGUCAUGCACAAACAGAUCACAUGAAUGUGAAUUUCAUUGAAGCUGUGAGAUUAGAUGAUUUUGUCAAUAGUCAACCAGACAUUGUUGUUAUGUCUUAUUUCUGUUUGACUGCAUUGCAAGGACCAUUAUUCAAGAUUUCUGUGAUUGUUCUUAUGUGCAUGUAUGUGUCUUAAAAUGAGAUCUACAGUCAAAUGUAGAAAAACAGUUCUAAUAUUAGGAAUAUUAUUAAUACUUUAAAUGAUAUUUGUUGUUAUUUCUGUCAGCAAACCUUUUGAUAAUUAAGAGGUACACUUUUUAACCUAUUGUUAAGAUUUACGCAUUUCAAUUGAAUAAUUCCAUCAUGUUGAAUUGUGUAAUAUUUUUAACAAAAAUAAUACAAUUUUAAAUGUUUAAAAUUUUGUUAAAGAUUACUCAAUUAAAUUUGAUGGAAAUAUGUUAUAAAAAAAUGAAAUGAAA